AUGCCAACCCCUCCCAAAGCCCUCACCGCGUCCGAGUACUGGGACGAGCAGUGCGCCACCUACCCCUUCCUGGCCGACGACUUUGACGCGACCAAGCUCAGGGUGCCCGUCCUGCGCAACACCCUCAGUACCCUCAACAUCGACUUCCCGAGCAACGCCCGCAAGGCCGAGCUCGUCCAGCUCUUCCAAGACCACUCGUCCGGGCCCAUCUCCGCCUUCAAGGAGUACGUACGCAAGGGGUACGCCGACUUUGCCGACGAGGAGAAGAAGAAACGCAAGGACGAGAGGAAGCAAAAGACCAAGGAGGCCAAAGACACCAAGACCGAAACCACCGAAAAGGCAACCAAGGGAAGAAAAGCCAAAGCCCUAUCCAUCAUCACCACCGACGACAACACCCCGCCGCACACCACAGACGAGCCCGUCACCCCCGACCCCGAGGACGCAGCCGCGCACCACACCCGACUAUGGGUCUCUGGGGCGCUCGGCCCGCUGCGACAAGAAAAGGUCUCGGAGCUGUACGGCAGCCUGCUCCCCCUCGCAGGCAUAGACCCCCAGGGCCACGACGAGGGCAGGCAGUGGCCGGUCGAAGACGUGAUUCGAGUCCUCGGCAGCGCCCCGUUCGAGCGCCGCUUCAAAGCCAUCUCUGCAAUGCUCGACCUCGAGCGCGACCGACGGGAGCGGGGCGAGCAGCCCGACACGCCCGUGUACCCGUGGCCGCCGGCAGCUGCUGGUCGUGGCGGCGACGACUCCGGGUCCUCGCAGGGCCGGAAGCGCCGGCGCAGGGAUGCGGUGCUCGAGGCGGCCAAGCGCGUCAAGGUGACGCCCGAGGAGGACGCGGCGUUCCGCAAGCUGCUGCAGCAGUCGAGGACGGCGGCGUUUGAGGAGCUCGAGGAGGCCGCUAUGGACUUUGAGACUUCCAGGAAGGCGUGCCUGACCGAGAUUGAGCUCAUGACCGAUGCCGUUGAUGAGAUGAGGAGGAAUUGGACCCUUUUACGCAAUGCUGGAACCGAUGUGGAGGAGUUGAUCGAGGAGUUUUCUCGGAUUGAGCAUUGA